AUGUUUCAUCAAGUUAAAGUUCAUCCUGAGGAUUGGGAUUCUCUGAGAUUCCUAUGGUAUCCAAAUGAUGACAUUUCAAAAGAACCUGAAUCUUACUUUAUGACAAGAAGUCUUUUUGGCCUAACCAGUUCACCCAGUGCAGCUGGAUAUGCUUUAAAAAGAGCUGCAAUAGAUAAUGAAACAAAUGCUAAUAUUGAUGUUUUAAAUACAGUUAAUAAUAAUUUUUAUGUUGAUGACUGUUUGAAAUCUUGUGAUUCUUCUCAUUGUGCUAUUGAUGUCAUUAAUCAGUUAGAUUGCUUGUUAUCUAAUGUAGGUUUUCAUCUUACCAAGUAUCGCAGUAACUGCCGGUCUGUUCUUUCUUCUAUUUCAGAUAUAGACAAAGCUAAAGAUAGUUUUUUGGAUUUAACUCUUGAUAAAUCAUAUUGCUCUAAGACACUUGGUAUUAUUUGGAAUAAUGUCAACGACCAGUUCACUGUGAAAGUGGACAUAAAGCCAAAGCCUCUCACGAGACGUGGUUGUCUCUCUAUGAUAUCACAAAUAUAUGAUCCAUUGGGUAUGAUGCAGCCAUUCAUCUUACCAAUGAAAAGCCUCAUGCAAACUUUAUGUGCUCAAGAUAUUGGAUGGGACUCUCUGAUCCCAACCCGAUAUGAAGAAAUAUGGCAAAAAUGGGUUAACGAGCUUCCGAAAUUGCAGGAAGUGUCAAUUCCCAGAUGUUUCAAACCACCAGGAUUUAAGACGGACCACAUUGAGCUUCAUACAUUUUGUGAUGCCAGCCAAGUUGGAUAUGGUGCAGUGAGUUAUUUGCGUAUGACGUCACAGAAUGGUGUUAUUCAUUGCUCAUUUGUUUUGGGAAAAUCUCGAGUGACACCCAGAAAGCAGAUUACCAUCCCAAGAUUGGAGCUAUGUUCAGCUGUACUCGCAGUGAAGCUCAGUCGAUUUGUCCUAAAGGAGUUGGAAUACAAAGUCAACAAUGUUUAUUACUGGACAGAUUCAACUUCAGUGCUCCAGUAUCUAUCAAAUACAUCAGCAAGGUAUCAUGUUUUUGUAGCUAACCGAGUGGCUCAAAUUCACAAUAGUUCAUCGAUUUAUCAAUGGAGACAUGUAGACACUAAGAAUAACCCUGCAGAUGUAGCAUCACGAGGAUUAAGUCCUAGAUGUAUCGACAAAGCCAUUUCUUGGUUUAACGCACCUAAAUUUCUUUGGCAUUCUCAGGAACACUGGCCUAAGCGUCCUGAAGUUUUACCUCAAAUUCCUGAAAAUGAUCCUGAAGUCAAGACUAUAAUAAAUACGAAUGUUAAUAUGGAAAAGGAUAAUGUCAAGUCUGUAUUGUCUAUGCUUAUGGAGCGCUACUCAGAUUAUGGGCGACUUCAAAGGGCAAUUGCUUGGAUAAUACGUUUCACAAAAUUCUGCAAAGCAAAGUAUUUGCACAAAGUUAAAUUUCAAGAUAUAGGCAAAUUAAGUGUUGAUGAGCUGGAUUAUGCCACUCAUGAAAUUCUCAGAAUCACCCAGCGUGAUGUGUUUUCUAAACAAAUGAAGUAUCUUGAAAUGAAUAAUAUAGAACAUAAGGUUCCAAAGAGUCAACUUCGUAAAGGUCAAUGUCAGUCACUUCAGAAUUUAUGUCCAUUUAUCGAAGAUGAUUUGAUGAGAAUUGGAGGACGUCUUCAACAUUCUUUGCUACCACUUCAUAGCAAACAUCAAAUAAUUCUACCUCAAGAUCACCAUGUGACAAGAUUACUCAUCAAAAAGUACCAUGAGCAAGAGGGACAUAGUGGCACAUUACAUGUUCUUGCAGUCAUUCGAGAACGAUACUGGAUAAUACAUGGUCAAUCUACUGUUCGCUCUUACCUAAGGAAAUGUCUUAAAUGCCGCAUGCAAAGAGCAAAGGUUGGCAAACAAGUUAUGGCACCUCUUCCUGCCAGCAGGGUAACCCCAGGUCAUCCAGCCUAUACAUGGACUGGAAUAGAUUAUAUGGGGCCAGUCAUAAUCAAGCAAGGAAGAAGCACAAUAAAGCGAUAUGUUUGUGUUUUCACAUGCAUGUCUUCUCGUGCUGUUCAUCUCGAAGUUUCACAUUCUUUGGAGACCAAUUCGUUUUUAAAUGCCUUGGAACGAUUUUCAAGUCGUCAUAUCAUGCCAAAGGAGAUCUACUGUGACAAUGCCUCUACAUUUGUUGGGGCCGAACGAGAACUCAAGGCUGCAAUAAAGUCCUGGAACAAUGAUUAA